AUGAGCUGUGAAGCCAAGACUAUCAAGAAAACAGGCGAGAGUAUGCUAGUCGUGGGAGUCGAAAAAGAGUUUCGAGAUAGUCAAGACAAUCUAUGUGUCCUGGACAAGCGGAACUGGGUGUUUCGAGAAGCGCUCGACCCAUCCAAGCAAGCUAAAAUACCAGAGAAGCCCGCAGAAUUAACGCAGAGCCAAUUGGCAGAUCAAGCGAAGGACAUGGUAGUGCGAGAGUUCAACCGUGAUCAAGUACAGCUCUUCCGUAUAAUACAUUACGACCUACCAUGGGCAAGGGACGUAGAAGGACACCGCAACGUGGUUGUGCAUGGGCCAUUAAACCAGAUAUCAAUCCUGGAUUUCUGGCGCGACGAGGUGGUCAAACAAGGAAAGCACGAGGACGGUGUUGUGUAUCCAAAAGAGCUCUUUUACCGUGCUACAAGUCCUGUGUACGCUGGUGAACCAUACAGAAUUCUUAUGCCCAAAUCGCUACCAGAGCAACAAGAGGCAGAUGUGCAGGUUAUGAGCAACGACGGCACAAUAUGUAUGAAGGCCACGGUACACAACUCAUGA